UGAAACACUGGUCACUUUUAUUCAUGAGGCUCUUACAACUUAGAGAGCAGAGACUAAUGUGCCUCUGGCUAAAUGGAAGAAGAAGCGUGCUCUCAUGAGACCAUGUGCUGUCCAUUUUCCUGGAAUGGAUCUCGGAGAGAUGGACUUAUAUGAGGACUAUAAAUCACCCUUUGAUUUCGAUUCAGGAGUGAACAAAAACUAUCUCUACUUGUCUCCUAGUGUAAAUACAUCUCCACCUGGAUCACCUAUACUACAGAGACUCGGUCUGCUGAAAACGGACCAAGUACCUGAAGAAGGGGAAGAUGCUGCUGCUACAAUCAGUGCUGCAGAGACCCUGUCAGACGAAGAGCAGGAAGAACUAAGAAAGGAACUUGCCAAGGUAGAAGAGGAAAUACAGACCCUAUCUCAAGUGUUAGCAGCCAAGGAGAAGCAUCUAGCUGAGAUCAAGAGAAAACUUGGAAUCAAUUCACUACAGGAACUAAGGCAGAACAUUGCCAGAGGCUGGCAAGAUGUGACAGCCACAUCUGCAUACAAGAAGACUUCAGAAACUUUGUCUCAGGCUGGACAGAAGGCCUCAGCUGCUUUUUCUUCUGUUGGGUCUGUCAUCACCAAAAAGCUUGAAGAUGUAAAAAACUCACCUACUUUCAAAUCAUUUGAAGAAAAAGUUGAAAACUUAAAGUCUAAAGUUGGGGGAAAUAAGGCUGCCGGAGGUGACUUUGGAGAAGUCUUGAAUUCCACUGCCAGUGCCAGUGCCACAGAAUCCCUGACAGAACAGACACAGGAGACCCAGUGAGAUUGUUGCCUUUGGUUCUGCUACCCACUGCCAGAUGCUGCAAGACAGACCUAAGCACAUUGAUAGAAUGGCCUUGGCUAUGAGUUUCCACCAAAUGUGUUUUUGUUUAGCUUUAUGUAUUCAUUCAAAAAAUAGUUUGUGGGGUUAACUUUUUUCAAAUUAAAAUGUAGUGAAUGGAUUUAACCUGUUUUUGUUUUUUUUUCCCCUCCUCUCCAAUCUUCCAGGGAAGCACUAUUUAAAGAUCAAACAGACUGCAUUUUAGGAUGUUUAAUUGAGAUCAGCAUAUGAAAAAUGAGUAUUUUCUGGAAAAACUCAAUUGAAUGAUCUGAGAAACUAUAAUAGUAUAAUUUUGUUCCAAGCUUAUGAUUCCUAUGGUACAUUGAUUUAUUUUACUUCUGAAAGGUUUAUUUUUUCUUUGUAUUUGUAUUUAUUUGGUUGUCAAACUUGAAUGCCAUCCUUUCCACUUUUUCAAGUAAUUCCUAAUUAUUAUGCUUUGGUGUGCUUAUUUUUUUCCCUUUCUAGUAAGGACUGCCAGUGAUAAAAAAACAAACAAAAAAAAAAACAAACUCCAAAUGAACUUAUUUUAAUUACUGUAUGUGGUGGAAUUCCCCUAGGGAUUGUAUGCAAUUAUAUCAAAUCUAUAAAUCAGUCAUAUAGUCAUGUAAUACUUGAUUUUGUAAUUUGUACACAAUAGGUUAUAAAAUCCUACAUGAUCUGAGUGUGUGUAGUAUCCACAUUUCUGGUUUCCUUUGUAUAGAUUUAUUAACCUUAGUGAAAGAGUAGUAGUUUUUUGUGUUGGUAUACCACUUUCCCUAAUGUCUAUUUCACACUAGAUUAAAAAAAAUAAUUGGAGGGUAAUUGGCAUAUGGCAGUUGGUAUAUUUCAGUUUUGUGUUCAUUUGAUCCAGAAUAUUAUUUUAACUUUUUUAAAAAAUUCAUAACACUAAGUAUAUUUGAAUGUCAGACUCAAAAACUUAUGAUUCUUAGAUGUAGGUGAUUACAAAAUGUUAGCAUUAGAGAAACUUUACUGACUUCAUUUAUUUCCUUCAUUCGCACCAUUUAAAAUAAAAUGUAAAGCACACAAAGAUGCACAACAAUGCAGCAUGGAUUUUUUUUAUACCUAUUACUUUGUGAUGGUUCUUUUGAGGAUGUAAUGGAUUAACACAACUCAACACCUCCACCUCAGUGAUUUUCAGUGCUAGAGUCUUCAAUUGAUUUUGGAACUAUUACCUCUAACUUUGAAAACUGAGCGGUGGGAUUGAAUACCUUGAGGCCUGUAGAGUAUCCAUAAAGAGGCUAAUAAUGUACAUUCUAAUAACCACUUCUUAAUCAUUUCCAGUCUCUUGUGUUCUGUAAGUUUAUGGCAUAUAGUGUUGGUGUUGUUUGUUAUCUAGUUUGUAAUUGUUUUUGUUGUUGAUACAAAAUAUUCAUUUGGAGGCAUGACUUGAUUUAUUGAAGGAUAAAUUCUCGUAUCAAAACCAAAUUUCAAAACUGCCACAAGUGUUGUUUUAAAUAAUAUGCUGCAUCCUAAUAGUUAGAGCUUUGUUAGCACUUUAGAUAUAAUUGAUAAAAUGCUCUAUUACAUGUGAAAUGCCUAAUAAAUUCUCUAUCUCAGCAG